AUGGGGAGGGGGAGAGUUGAGCUGAAGAGGAUUGAGAACAAGAUCAACAGGCAGGUGACCUUUGCAAAGAGAAGGAACGGACUAUUGAAGAAAGCCUACGAGCUUUCCGUUCUUUGCGAUGCCGAGGUUGCUCUCAUCAUCUUCUCCAAUAGAGGAAAGCUGUACGAGUUUUGCAGUAGUUCAAGCAUGCUCAAAACACUUGAGAGGUAUCAGAAGUGCAACUAUGGAGCACCGGAGACAAAUGUAUCUACAAGGGAAGCCUUGGAAUUGAGUAGCCAACAAGAGUAUUUGAAGCUAAAGGCACGUUAUGAAUCCCUACAAAGAAACCAAAGGAAUCUUCUGGGAGAAGAUCUUGGCCCUUUAAGCAGCAAAGAGCUCGAAUCACUUGAAAGGCAGCUGGAUAUGUCAUUGAAGCAGAUCAGAUCAACACGGACCCAAUGCAUGCUAGAUCAGCUCACAGAUCUUCAGCGAAAGGAGCACUUGCUUAACGAGGCAAACAGGACAUUGAAACAAAGGUUGUUUGAGGGAUACAAUGUGCAUCAACUCCAACUGAAUGCAAAUGUUGAAGAUGUUGGAUAUGGCCGGCAACAAGUUCAUCAGCCUCAGGGCGACGGCUUCUUCCAACCCUUAGAGUGCGAGCCCACAUUACAAAUUGGGUAUCUGGUUCAUCUUCCUCAAGGAUGUUCUCAUGUUCAUCUGGGAUUUUGCAGGUAUCACCAGAAUGAUCCGAUACAAGUCGUGACGGCCGGGCCGAGCGUGAAUUACAUGGGAGGAUGGUUGCCAUGA